AUGCACAACAGGACUGACGAGGAGCUCUUCUGGAGGGCGUCCAUGGUGCCCAGGGUCGCCCGCGUGCCAUGGCGGAUCGUGCCCAAGGUGGCCUUCCUGUUCCUCGUGAGGAGGGACCUGCCGCUGCGGCCGUUGUGGGAGAAGUUCUUCGUCGGGCACGAGGGGCUCUACUCCAUCUACGUCCACGCCAGCCCCGCCUACACCAGCUUGCCGCCGGCAGACUCCGUCUUCCACGGCCGCAUGAUCCCAAGCCAGAACACCAGCUGGGGCGACAUGAACCUGGUGGACGCGGAGCGGCGACUGGUGGCGACGGCGCUGCUGGACCUCGCCAACGCGCGGUUCACGCUGCUGUCGGAGUCGUGCGUCCCUCUCCUGUCCUCCCCGGCCGUCUACGCCUUCCUCACCGGCUCCAACGCCAGCUUCGUCGACAGCUACGUCGACGGCGCGCGGCACGCCCCCUUCUUCACCCAACGCAACGUCAGCCUCGCCCAGUGGCGCAAGGGGUCACAGUGGUUCGAGAUGGACCGAGCGAUCGCCGUGGAGGUCGUCGCCAAGGAGCGGUUCAUGGCCGUGUUCCGCGGUCACCACGGCGUCGCCAACAUGGAAGAGCACUACCUGCCGACACUGGUGACCCUGCUCGGCUGGGGCGCGCGCAACGCGAACCGGACCCUCACGUACGCCAAAUGGCGGGCGGGAGCCUGGCACCCGGUGAGCUAUGGCGGGACGGUCGUCACGGCAGAGCUGCUGGAGGGGAUGAGGCGAGGGAACGGGGAGUGCGGCUACCGUGGGGGCGGCGGGGCCGUUGAGUUCUGCUUCAUGUUCGCGCGCAAGUUCUCCGGGGACGCGCUCGGCAAGCUGCUCGAGCUGGCUCCUAAGGUCAUGGGGUUCGGCUGA